AUGGCACCCAUCAAGAAAGCGGAGCCUUUCAAGAAAGCCCUGUACUUUACAGAGGCCGAGUUCAAAGAGCGUCAACGCCGGGCUCUGGAGCUCAUGGAGAGAGAGAAGCUUGAUGGCUUCCUCAUCACCAAGCAAGAGACUCUUUACUACUUGACCGGCUAUGAUACCUUUGGCUACGUCUUCUUCCAAGCCAUGUACUUCCACAAGGAUGGGUCCAUGCGCUUGAUCACUCGAAUCCCCGAUCUGCGCCAGGCUCUCUACACGUCAACUCUGGAGCAGAAGGACAUCCUCAUCCGAUCUGACAACGCUGGAAGCAACCCCGUAUCCUUGGUACCCAAGGUCCUAGAGGAUUUUGGAAUUAACUCGCCAUCUAAGCGAAUCGGUUACGAACCUGACUCCUGCUCUUUGACCCACCGCCUGGGAAAAGCGCUGGAAAAAGCUGUUCAUGGCCUUUGUGUACUGGUAGAUCACAGUGAUCUGUUCACCGAGCUUCGCAUUGUCAAAUCGGAGAUGGAAAUGCGCAAGGUUCGCAAGGCCGCGUAUCUGGCCGACUUUGCCCUCGUACGUGCCCUAAAGCUGGCCAAGCCCGGUGCCUACGAAGGUGAUCUGUGGAGGGAAAUCACCGGCACUGUCUAUGAGGGUGGCGGCGAUGAUCCUGCGAAUGAGAAUAUCCUUGUAUCUGGUAACAAGGCUGUUCUCACUCGUUACUCAACGGGCAAGCAAAAGAUUGACCGCCAGCUCACACUUGAGCAUGCCGCAGUGUAUAAGCAUUAUCAUGCAUGUCUAAUGCGCACGAUUCCUAUCGGCGGAAUUACCAAGCUGGCUCGAGAAAUGCACCGGGUCAAUGUACUUCAAAUGGAGGCAGCUAUGGCCGCACUUAAACCUGGCAAAGAGAUUGGCGACGUGUUCGAAGCUUACGCUCGUGUUGCAGACGAGAACGGCUUCCGGGAUCAACGCUUCAAUAGUUGCGGCUAUAGUUUGGGUGCCACUUUUUCGCCUACAUGGAUGGAUUAUCCCAUGUUUGUGCGAGGCCAGAAAGUGGUUGCUCAGUGUGGCAUGGUGUUCUUCAUCCAUAUUAUCCUGAUGGACAAAGCGACCGAUACUGCCAGCUCGAUUGGCCAGACGGUGGAAGUGACUCAGGAAGGAUGCGUGCCGCUGUCCAAACUUCCCUUUCAUCUUACACGAAGACAGACUAUUGCUAGUUGGAAAAAGAUCCGAAAGGAGGACUAUGGUUUUACCGCCGAUGAGGUCGACGAUGGAGAGAACCUUCAAGACGUCGAUCUCAGUGACGGGGAUGUCGACGAGGAGGACUAUGAUGUUGAGUACGAUUUUAGUGACUAUCAGCCAGCAGCUGCGCUGGGUGACCCAACUCAAAGUGCUUAG